AUGGCGGCCGUUGUAUUACAUGGCAAUUUCAGUAUUGAAAUUUUCGACCCGACCACGACGGAGUGGGCGAGAUGGCUUCAGCGUUUUCAAGCCGCAGUAAAAAUUUUUAAAGUGCCUACGGAGCAACAAGUUCUAUACUUGCUACAUUUCAUUGGGACGUCGGCUUUCGAUGUCAUCUGUGAUAAAUUGGCGCCGGCGGACCCGUACACUGCGACCUUCGAGACAUUAGUGACGAGCUUAGCGGAAUUCUACGCGCCUGAGCCUCUAGAGAUCGCCGAAAAUUUUCGUUUCCACCAACGGAAACAAAAGGACGGCGAAAGUGUUAAAGACUACGUGGCCGCGCUACAUAAAUUAAGCGCGCGCUGCAAUUUCGGGGCGUAUCUGAAAACGGCUUUACGAAAUCAGUUCGUUUUUGGUUUGGCGAGCAGCCGGGCACAAUCAAGAUUACUGGAAAUGAAAGACUUAACGUUCGAGAAGGCGAUCCAAGUGGCUACCUCGAUGGAGCUAUCGGAGAAGGACACGCUGCAAUUACAAAAUGGAUCGACGAGCGUCGAAUACAUUGGCUCCAAGGAUAAGAAGACGGAGAAGAAAACGCAGCGGAAGCGGAAACCUCCCGCGAAAUUCUUAAAAGGAAAGGGCGAAUCAGUUAAUGGCGGUAAACCUAACGCGAAUACAAACGCAAAUUCUAAUGUUUCUUGUUUCAGAUGUGGCGGUAGCCAUUUAGCUACAAAAUGUACUCUAGAUAGAAGCGUUAAAUGUCUUAAUUGCGGGACACCAGGCCACCUGCGCAAAGUGUGUAUGGCGGCGAAACGCGCACCGGCCAAUCAAGUAGAGGAAAUAUUAGUCGUAGAGCACUCGGAGUUCCGAGAAAAGUUUUUCGAGACAAUCACCGUCGAGGGCAAACCCCUGCGAUUCGAAGUAGAUAGCGGAGCUGCAGUAACCAUCGUGAGUACGCAUACAUUACGGGAGCUGUCUUUAUUAAAACGGUUACAACCGACUACGUUACAAUUAAUUACAUUUUGCAAAACGCCGAUUAAGAUUGCGGGCGUGGUACCCGUGAUGGUUAGCGGGCGAGGAACUAAAAUCAAAUUAAAUUUGUACGUUUCGAAUGUCGAGCGCGAACCAUUGUUAGGCCGUGAGUGGAUUCGGCAAUUGCACAUACGUCUAACGGAUACCGUUAAUACAAUAAAUACGUCACGUAGCGAUACGGAAUACAAAAUGACGGAGUUAUUACAACAAUAUCGGAAUAAAUUAGAUCCUCAUUCGACAAAAAUUAGAGGCUUACAAGCAAAGCUCACUCUGAAAGAAAACGCUAAACCGGUGUUUCUCAAAGCCCGUACCGUUCCUUUCAAAUUGUUACCUUUGGUCGACCAGGAAUUACAAGCGCUUGUUUCGAAAGGCGUCCUUGAGAAAGUAAACACAUCGAGAUGGGCUACUCCCAUUGUGCCUGUGUUAAAAAAAGACAAUACGGUACGCAUAUGCGGGGACUUUAGCGUCACGAUCAAUCCCUGUUUACUAAUAGACGAGCAUCCGUUGCCUACAACGGAUACACUAUUCGCGAAUAUGGCAGGCGGAGAGAAGUUCUCCAAAAUAGACCUGCAACAAGCGUAUUUGCAAUUAGAAGUUCGGGAAGAGGAUCGGGAAUUACUCACCCUCAAUACGCAUCGAGGCCUUUUUCGAAGCACACGUUUAAUGUACGGAAGCGCAUCAGCGCCGGCCAUUUGGCAACGUGAAAUGGAAAACUUGUUGCAGGGUAUCGAGGGGAUAACGGUAUUUCUAGAUGACAUUCGAGUCACGGGACCUACCAAGGAAAUUCAUUUACAACGCCUGAAACAAGUAUUGCAACGCCUGGGUGACGCGAAUAUUAGGAUAAACGAGAGCAAAAGCGAGUUCCUACAGGAUAGCAUACAUUAUUGCGGAUAUCGAAUUGAUCGAUCGGGAAUACAUAAAACUACCGAUAAAAUGCAGGCCAUUGAUCUCAUGCCUAGGCCGAAGGACGUUACAGAAUUGCGAUCAUUUUUAGGAAUGGUAAAUUACUACGGGCGGUUCAUUAGGAACCUAAGUACGAUGCUCACGCCAUUACAUGAGUUGCUACAAAAGGGAGUUAAUUUCAAAUGGACUCACAAAUGUGAGGAGGCUUUUGAGCGCGCAAAAAGGAGUUUCAAAAGUGACACAGUUUUAGCUCACUUUGAUCCGAAGCUACCGUUAAUCUUAGCUACAGAUGCUAGUCCGUACGGAGUAGGGGCGGUGCUAUCACACCGUUACCCCGAUGGCACCGAACGCGUACUGCAAUACGCCUCGCAGUCCCUUUCUAAAACUCAACAACGUUACGCUCAAAUCGAUAAAGAAGCUUACGCUAUAAUUUUUGGAGUAAAGAAGUUCCAUCAGUACCUUUACGGUAACAAGUUUACAUUAUACACGGAUCAUAAACCGUUAGUACAGAUUUUCGCGCCGUCAAAAGCCUUACCCGCGUACUCGGCUAUGCGAAUGCAACAUUACGCAAUAUUCUUACAAGGGUUCUCAUUUGAAAUUAAAUACAAAAGCUCUAAACAGAAUGCAAAUGCGGAUUGUCUAUCACGUUUACCAAUGAGCACAACUACAACUGCGGAACGUGAUGUAGUAGAUAUUUACGAGAUAGGAAUGUUACACGAAAUGCCCGUAUCCGCGGAUAAAAUUGCUUGUGCUACAGAAAAAGAUGUGCAAUUGAAGAGUCUCCUAACGGCCAUACGCGAAAAGAAAGAGAUACCCGUACAAAUGCGUUUCAAUAUAAAUCAAGCAGCAUAUAGUGUACAACAGGGCGUGCUUUUGUGCAAUAGAAAGAUAGUAAUUCCUAGUCAACUGCGCGACCGAAUCCUUCGGGAAUUACAUAAAAAUCAUUUCGGGGUAGUUAAAAUGAAAGCGUUAGCUAGGAGUUUGUACUGGUGGCCUGGUAUAGACAAAGCGAUAGAAAAUUUAGCUAAGAAUUGCGAUAUAUGUAAUACCGUGCGUAAUAACCCACCGAAGGCGGAAAUACACGAGUGGGAACCGGCCGAGGCACCUUUCGAGCGUGUCCACGUGGAUUAUGCAGGGCCGUACAUGAACAUGUAUUUUUUUGUAUUUGUAGACGCAUUUUCGAAAUGGCCUUUUGUGCGAAUAGUCAAAAACAUAACCGCGGAAACGACUAUUAAAAUAUGUAAGGAGAUUUUCACGGAUUACGGUAUUCCAAAAACUAUGGUCAUGGAUAAUGGCCGUAAAUUACAUUAUAAGAUUAAAUUGGAAGAUGGCAGGACCUGGGAGCGUCACGUCGACCAGAUCCGCAAGAGGGGAGAGCAAAGAAGCCGACACAUAGAACCAUACACGGGAGUUUACGAUUACGAACCAGAGGCGAAGGAAGAGCCAGCUGCACCAGGGGAUGCAGCGGAACCAAAUUGCGCUCAACGCGACCAAGAAGAAGAGCAAGGACCGGAAGCCUUGCAACCGACUCAGGCGAGGGAGGCAAGAGCCCCGGACCCGGGACAGCGAAGAGACCGACCCGUCCGAA